AUGACUUCGACAUCGGCCGCAGGUCAUAGACUUGAUCCUAUUCAAACCACAAACUUUUCAUUAAAUACCGCUCCAGUCGAGAUGGAUGAUCUUGAUACUUCGAAAAAUUCAAAAGCUGUCUCAGGAACGUCGGGUCUAUUAAAUGAUAUCUCGAUUCCGGAAACAUCGCCAAUAACAUCCGAUUAUCCAUCCUAUCCAUCCAAAUCCUCAGCUUUACCCACAACAACAACAAAAACAACAAAUACGACGACAGAGAUGGUGGACUCAUCAAAACAAAAUGCCUCUGUUGGGCAUGCUGGUUCGACAUCACAAGAAGCAUUGACUGCACGACCCGUUACGAACGAAGAAACCUCAUCUAUUGAUCCUGCGCCUGCGCCGCCACCAAUAAUGUCGAAAAGCGAAGGUAAAGCCCCUGCCACCGAAUCACCCCCCGACGCUCAAGAAUCUUCAACUUCGCGACCACGAAUGAAUUCAGAAGCUAUCGGUCCCUCUAUUGAGAUCACCAAAACGCCACCACCACCUGCUGAUGGAGGGCCCAGAAUCUUGAUUACCUUGCUACUUACCUCUGGCGCGCGCCAUCCAUAUAAGAUCGAUGAGAAAUAUCUGACCAAACGCUCUGUUGCGGUACCCGGGGUUACUGAAAAUGGAAAGAAGGAUCCUCUUACCAUCAGUGUAUAUACGCUCAAGGAGUUGAUAUUAAGGGAAUGGAGAGACGAAUGGGAAGCAAAGCCGAGUAGUCCAAGUAGUAUACGAUUGAUAUUCUUUGGGAGGCUGUUGGAUGAUAAGGACCCUUUGAAAGCAUGUAAAUUCAAUCCCGAAACAUCAAAUGUGGUACAUAUGACUAUCAGACCCCAGGAUAUAGUCGACGAGGAAGAUGCAUCAAAAGCGAAGUCGAUGGGCCGAGGAAGAGGAGAAGAUGGUGAAAGCACGGCUGGAUGCAGAUGUGUUAUUCUCUGA